CACAAAUACUCCUCCUCCAAGGGGCGGGGGCGGUGCCUAGGUGAUGCACCAAUCACAGCGCGCCCUACGCUAUAUAAGGCCCCGAGGCCGCCGGGGUGUUUUAUGCUUUUCGCUGGUUAUUACAUCUUGCGUUUCUCUGUUGUUAUGUCUGAAACCGUGCCUGCGGCUUCUGCCAGUGCUGUUCCAGCCGCUAUGGAGAAACUUCCAACCAAGAAGCGAGGGAGGAAGCCGGCUGGCUUGACAAGUGCAAGUCGAAAAGCGCCGAACCUCUCUGUGUCCAAAUUGAUCACCGAGGCCCUUUCAGUGUCACAGGAACGAGUAGGUAUGUCUUUGGUUGCGCUCAAGAAGGCAUUGGCCGCUGCUGGCUACGACGUAGAGAAGAAUAACAGCCGCAUCAAACUGUCCCUCAAGAGCUUAGUGAACAAGGGAAUUCUGGUGCAAACCAGGGGUACUGGUGCUUCCGGUUCCUUUAAGCUUAGUAAGAAGGUGAUUCCUAAAUCUACCAGAAGCAAGGCUAAAAAGUCAGUUUCUGCCAAGACCAAGAAGCUGGUUUUAUCCAGGGACUCCAAGUCACCAAAGACUGCUAAAACCAAUAAGAGAGCCAAGAAGCCGAGAGCGACAGCUCCUAAAAAAGCUGUUAGGAGCGGGAGAAAGGCUAAAGGAGCCAAGGGUAGUAAGCAACAGCAGAAGAGCCCAGUGAAGGCAAGGGCUUCGAAGUCAAAAUUGACCCAACAUCAUGAAGUUAAUGUUAGAAAGGCCACAUCUAAGAAGUAAAGAGCUUUCCGGGAGGCCAAUUUGGAAAGAACCCAAAGGCUCUUUUAAGAGCCACCCACAUUAUUUUAAGAUGGCGUAACACUGGAAACAAGUUUCUGUGACAGUUAUCUAUAGGUUUAAGUUGUGAUGCAGCUGAGUUGAAAAGUCUUGAGAUUGGAGGAUUAAUUCAGGCCAGGCUUCAAGACCAUCCUGGGCAACAUAGCCAGACUACCAUCUAUACCAGGGGUCCUCAUUCCCCCGGCCACCGACCGGUAACCGGUCCCUGUCCAUGGCACGUUACGAAUUGAGCCGCACAGCUGAGGGGUGAGCGAACAUUAACCAACUGAGCUCCACCGCCCGUCAGGUUAGCUGCAGCAUUAGAUUCUCAUAAGCUCAAACUGUAUUGUGAACGGCACAUGCAAGGGAUCUAGGUUUCAGGCUCCUUGUGACAAUCUAAUGCCUGAUGAUCUGAGGUUGGAGCAGUUUUAGUGCGGAAAUCAUUGCUCCCAGCCCCUGCACCCCCUGGUCCGUGGUAUAAUUGUCUUACACAAAACCGGUCUCUGGUGUCAAAAAGGUUGGAGACUACUGGUUUUACAAAAAAGUAAAUUAGUCAAGCAUGGUUGGCAUGCUCCCUUAGUCCCUGCACCCAGGCGUUUAAGGAUACAGUGAGCUAUGAUGGUGCUACCUCACUCCAGCCUGGGUGACAGCGAGUCAGACGUUGUCUCAAAACUUUAAAAAAAAAAAAAAGUUAAAACAGAAAAAGGGCUUCUUGUCAGAGACUGCCGUAUAUCUAGAGGUCCAGGAACUAAAAAGUCUGAUGUCCAAUCCUGAAAAGCUCGAUGGUGCACUAGAGGAGGCUUUUACAUGUAAGAGCAUCUAAGUUCUGGAAAUGCCAGUGUCAGGGAAGGGAAGUGGAGAGCAAUUUGGCAUCCAAACAUAACUUGCUGAUACUUUUUUUUUUUUUUUUUAACACAAGUACUACAUUCUAGUCUUUCUGUGGUGUCAUUGUAACUAUUGUUUCUUAAUAUGCUAUCCACUGACUUCAAGGGAUCAAUAAAUAGGAAUCAAGAUGUCCCAGAAUAUGGAUUAGGGGAGUUUUUUUGUUUGUUUGUUUUUUUUCAUCUAUUCAUUAUCCUGUAGCUGAAAUUUAGAAUUUUCUUCCAUUGUGUGUGACUGAUAGAAAUAACAAAUUUGUAGGUUAUAGUUGUUGCAAGAAUCUGGAAAUCGUGCUUGCUUAUUUCCGAAGUACUAUUAGGUAUAUCAACAAAAACACACAUAUUACGGUCAAGUGGUUUGAUAAUUAUUUUAAUAUUAUUCGUCUAAUACAAUUGUAACCCUAUGAAUUACUUUAAGUAUCUUAUUUAUGAAAAGAAUCUGUAAGUUUCAUCAGACUACCAGAGCAUUCCGAAGACUGAAAAAUUUUAAGAAUCCAAACCUUAAUGGAAAUGUUGGAGGCUGCCCAAUUAGGUUCUGAAUUCAACCUUCCUGAAUCCACAAACUUGUUUUAACUCUCGGUCUGAGGUAAACUACGUUUCUCUUUAAAUAAACAUAGUUUAAUUUUCCUUUGAUUUUUGAUUUAGUAUUCUUACCGAUCAUCAUAAAUAACCAAUGCUAAUGUUAGUCUACUUUGGACCAUGAUAUUUCGAGAAACUUUGAACAAAGUCCCCUGCAAAACUAUGCAUUGCAUUAUUUCACAUACAUUUAAGUUUUCCAGACGGUUCAAUAGUACCUCACUUUUCUGAACUUAUUUGUAUAGUUUGGCAUCUUUUUAAAAAUUGUGUCUUAUAAUGAAAGGUUGUAAACAUUAUGUUUUAAAUUUGUAUAGAUAAAAUCAACCACAGA